AUGUCAAUCAUCCAGAUCCCGGUCGGCUCUACAAGCGAGCAGACCACCAACCAGACAACAGAAGCCAUGCAGGGAUUCGAUCUCGAGAAGGCACGCGCCAUCAUCAACUCGUACAUCGACGAACUAGACACUUCACUUCACAACGACAUUAACAAGACCCUGCACGCAAACCCUGAAACGGCAUACAAGGAGUUCUUUGCUCACGAAACAAUCACAAACUACCUCGAGAAACUAGGCUUCACAGUGAAAAGACACACUUAUGGCCUCGAGACCAGCUUCGAAGCCGAGAUUGGCUCAGGCGGUCGUCAGGUCGUAGUUUGUGCUGAAUAUGACGCCCUCCCAGACAUUGGCCAUGCCUGCGGUCAUAACCUUAUCGCAACAUCAUCCAUAGCAGCGUUUCUCGGUGCCGCACGAGCACUGUCAGAGCUGAAAAUCCCCGGCCGUUUGCGCAUUUUGGGAACCCCCGCCGAAGAGGGUGGUGGUGGCAAAGCAAAGCUUAUCGAUGCCGGCGCAUUCAACCCUCCUGAAGAUGUCGCAGCUGCCAUCAUGGCACAUCCCACAGCUGCCCAUCAAGGCGGCAGUGGAGGAGAUGGAUCUUCAGGUUUGGCAGGGUUCAAACUAAUUGCAAGCCACAAGUUCCGCGUCGAGUUUCGCGGAAAGCCAGCACACGCAGCUGGAGAGCCAUGGAAGGGUCUCAAUGCGCUUGAUGCGGCUGUUGCUGCGUACAACAAUGUUGCUCUUUUGCGGCAGCAGAUCCAAUCCGAUGAGAGAAUCCACGGUGUGAUUGAAGUCGGCGGCACAGUCCCAAACGUUAUCACAGACUACACCAGAAUGAACUGGAACGUCCGCAGCCCUACAAUUGCUCGUGCCGAUGCGCUAUUGACAAGAGUCAAGGCAUGCCUCGAAGCUGGCGCUGCAGCAACUGGUUGUGAGAUCAACUACAUUGUUGCACCAACAUAUGCGAAUCUCCGUGCCAAUGAUACUCUAUGCAAAACCUAUGUUGAAGAUAUGGCAGCCAUUGGAGAGACCAUUCAGCUUCACCAAGCCAAACCAUUCAACGCGUCCACAGAUAUGGGUAACGUUUCUCAUCUUGUGCCCAGCUUUCAUGGCGCGUUUGUCAUCCCAACAUCUCCUGAUGUGGCCGGACACAACCCCAAGUUUGCGGCUGCUGCAGCAACAGAUGAUGCUCACGCUGCGGCAAUCAAGUGUGCAAAGGGCAUGGCUGUACUCGCUAUCAGAGUGCUCACUGACGAUGCGAUCGCAACGGGGGCAAAGAAGGAUUUCGAGACACCCGAUGAGGAGUAA